CCGCAGCCGGGUCCCGGUGCCCAAACGGGCGGCUGUGGGGCCGGGGCCGCGGCUCUCAGCGAUGUCUGCCCCGAGCCCCGGGGCUGCGCAGGCCGGCGCGGCCGGGAGGCGGCGGAGGUGGAGGAGGAGGAGGAGGCUGAGGCUGAAGCUGGUCGGGGACCAUGUCCUCGCUGGUGAAGGAGGACUUGGCCAAGAGGCUCUUCAGGCCCCGGAGGCUGCGGCUGCAGGAGUUCAUCGAGGUGGAGGGCACGGGAGCGGGGCGCUGCUACCUGUGCGCUGCAGUGACUAAAAGUAAAGAAGUAGAAAUAUGUAUGGUAAAACACUUUCGAGUGGAUCAAGAGGAGAAAUAUGAAGUAGUUGAAAAGUGGUUUCUGAAAGAUCUGGAGAUGAUUGAUGGAAAAGAAGCGGAUACUGAUAAUCCAUAUUUUGAUAUGCACUUCCACAAAGUCUACAGUUUGGAGGCAUAUAGUUGUGCAUCUAAAUAUACCUUUGCUCGAACACUAAACAAACUGAACGAAAUGUAUCUCAAAAAGGACUUGAAGAUUGUGAACUUUGAUGACACCUACCUAAAUGAUGAUUCAAUCUGGUCAUCCAACAAUAGGGAUUUCUUAGUACUUAUGAGGAUAUGCUUCUACGCUUCCAACCUUUUAUGUCUCUCCCUUUGUCCUUUGUCCUGAAGAUGCAUUUUCUAAUGUAAAAGGCAACUGGUUGACUUUCCCUGACCAGCAUUUCAUAAAUCAUCUGUUGAAAAAGACAGCAAGUGAUGUGCAGCAUCUGCUUCUUAAUUUAUGUGUAUAAGUCCAAAAUGGAACAUGCUUUCUAGAUAUAUAAAUGAAUGGUCAAUUGCUUGUGUUAGCAGGGCCUUACUGGCAAGUACAAAUAUAUGCAACUAUCAACAAAGGAGCUGCUCAUUGUUUAUGGAGAUAUAAAUGAUUCUUCAUGAAUUGCUAGAAAUAUUUUUAAAAUACUUUAAUAGCAUUAACAGUUCAUAUACCUCCUGGAAGUAGGAAAAUAAAACAAACAAAUUAGUUCUGUACAAGAACGAUGCACAUUUCAAAUGUGUUGAAAUACAGAACUCUGUUCAAGAGAUCACACCUACACAGAUACACAAAUGAAAUACUCAUCCUGAUGAACUGGAGUUUUGCAUUCAGGUACCAGGGACCAGCUUUUCACCUACGCAGUUGUAAUUAUUCCCCCCCCCCCCCCCAAACAUCUAAUAUUCCCUUUGGCCUUUCCUUUUUUUUUUUAUGAUACUGUCAUCGAAACAUAAAAUGGAUGUUCUUAAGCAGAACUGUUUUUUUUGCCAGACCUUUCAGGCUUUUUUUUCUUUUAUAUCAUUAAUGUCUUCUUGCAAUUUGUUGUUUUAUGUGCAUGAACAGACCUGGUUAUGGAACAGAAACUGAAUGUUUAUGUCUCUUCUCUGCCUCAGGACCAAGAGUUAACAAAAUACUAUUGGAUGUCCUAUGUAAAAGUAGAUGUUGGCAAUUAGUAACAGUUACUUUAUGGGCAAGUGAUAGACUUUUCAAAAUUCAUAGAAUUAUGAGAGUAAUUUUCAGCAGUUUCUAGCUAUGCAUUAGCAUAUUCAGUGCACUACUUAAAUGUUUAUUAGUACUUACAGCUGCAUUUAAUGUGGGGUGGAUUCUACUGACUGGUUGGGAAGAUCUUACCCAUAACAACAACAAAAAAAAAAACAACAACAGCUGACAGUAUUAUGUUACAGUAGAAACAGAAGAUGAAUUAAAGCUGUAUUGACCAAGAGCUGCAGAGGAACAACACUGCCAAAAAGUAGCAUGAUGAUACUGCUCCGUGUCAGUCAGCUAAACCAGCUGGCUGCUUCUCUAAUAGUCAACAGAGAAAGAAAUGCCCACCCAAAAGGUGAUUCAGAGAAACUUUUGGUCAGAACUUCCAGCAGGAGAAAACUUUUCUCUUUCGGCAGCCUAGGGAGUACAGAGAAACUAGCUCUGGACUAAAGCAGCUAAGUAUCUAAAUUUGACGAAUGUAAAUCACAAUUUGGUUACUGUCCUCUCCAACUACCUGCCUUUGUAAAGUUGGAUGGUUGUACAAGGACACCACAACUUGGACUUCACUGUUGCCUUCCAUGUGGACUCCCAUCUUUAAAAACAUUCAUGUAAAUGUACUUCAGAUUCAAAAUUGAAAUAAAAUCGAGCAAGUGAGAAUAUAUUUGAAAAACUGUAUAAAAUGUACAGCUUUCUACUUUACUUUUUAAGUGUUAACCUAGUGCUUGUAUAUAGAAAGGCUAUAUAUUUGACUACCUAAUCUUAAGAGGUUAUAUAUUUAUCCUAGGCAUAUGAUGUAAAUUGCACAUGUUCUCACAGAAAAUACUUAUGUGUAUCUUGACCUUCAUGAAGGCAGUUUCUAUGGGUUAACACAAAUCUGCAAUUUCGAAGGACUUAAAUCUUUAAUUUGUCACCUACAUGUUGUUAAGAGAGAAGGGCUGUAUUUAUAGUCAUUAUUUAUGAAAUGUAGUUGUUCUUUUCAGAAUGUCUUUGGUAUAAUCCAGUCCAACUAAGUGUUUUAACAUUUGAUGCAUCGCUACAACAAGUAUUUGCCCAACAACAGGCUCCACAAAAACAUUUUUAAGAGCAAGUAUAAUUCAGAAUACUGUUAUACAUGACACAUUGUCUUGUUUGGGCUGUGUAUUAUUGUAAAGAUCACAAUAUUUUCUGUAAUGUUUACAAUUUCUUUGCUUAACAAGUGCAAGGAAUUCUUCUCUGGCUGGAAAAGCUCCCAUCGUUUGUCUUGUAAUGAAAUAUAUAGAACCUCUAAUAAAAAACACCUCACCUUUUUUUGAAAUAAAGUACAGGCAGUGACUUUCUGACCAAUAAUAGUCCUGUAUUAUGUUAGAAACUGAUUAGCUAAAAAUGACUCUAAUGUUCAAACAUAUUUAAUGGACUUGUGUAAGUAGUUCAUAUCUUUCUACUCUUGUUAUUGUAUAAACAUUAAACUGAUCAUAUCAGGAGACAAA